CUCCAUGCCACUACUGAGGCUUCGGCUGCUCUUCGCCAGCCUCGUCGCCACAUGCAUCUGCUGGACCAUUUCGCAGAUGCUCGUGCUGGAGCGGCAUCUCUCUGCCACCGACAGCUCCGCAGCUCAAGCUCACCAUGAUCCGGCGGCGGCCGGCGUCGCAGCGGCACCCGCAGCCGAGGAGCUGAGGCGUACGCUCAAGGCGCUCUCCUCGCUGCAGCCGCACGUGCCGACGCAGGGAGCCGCUGCAGCUGCCGCGCAUGCCUCUGCGGUGUCGGCUUCGGUGACGGCGGUGCUCGAGUGGAGGGACGCGGCGCAGCUCGAGCGGCAGCUGGCGGCCCUCUCCGCCCAGCGGCCAGCGGCGCCGGCGACCACCCUGGUGGAUGCCUACCGCGCCGCCGACGGCGGGGCAGCGGCACGCGCAGUCGCGCGCUCGUUCGGCGGCGGCAGUAGCGUCUCCGUCUUUGGUGCAGUGACCGGCGGCGGCGGCGGCGGCGGGGAGCGUCCGGGCGGUGCGAUGGGAGGUCGGCUCGGCCGGCUCGCGCUCGCGCUGCAGGAGCCGUCUGCCUUCGUGCUGCUGCUCGACUCGCACGUGACGCCCGGCCCGGCGGCGGUGGAGGCGCUGCUGGCAGCCUCGCUCGGCAGCGGCGGUGUCGUCGGCCUGGCGGGGUGGUGCUUGUACGACACGGCACUUGCGGGGGAGCAGGCGACGCCUCUCUCGGACGGCGGACAGGCGACCCUCCUCCUGCCAGACACCUUCGAGGCGAUGCGGCCUGUGACGGUGCACGGGGCGGAGGCCGCAGGCGAGGCUUCGUUGAUCACCUCCUUGGCCGAGGUGGACGUGCUGCGCGGCAGCUGGCUCUUGCGCGUGGAGUGGAUCCCGCUGCUGCUGCGCGGCGUCGCCGGCGAGGCGGCCGGCGGAGGAAAGGGCGAGGAGGAGGGCGGGGAGGAGGGCGAGGAGGGGGGCGGGGAGGCGGGCGAGGAGGCGCGCGUGUCGGCGCUGCUGCGGGAGCACGGCGACCUCCCGUCGCUCGUGCUCCCCGCCGGCACUGCCGACGGCUGGAGGGACGUGUCGGCCACUAUGCCGCCGACGGCUGCGCGGGAGAGGGCGUGGAGGCGCGAGCUGUGGCUGGAGGAGCGGCGGGGAGCGGCGCGCCCUCCGUGGCGGAGGGCCGCACCAGACGCUGCGGGCGGAGGCCGGCCGGAGGUUGGAAUCUCGCGGCCGGAGGUUGGAAUCUCGCGGCCGGAGGUUCGCCCGUCGCUGUUGCUGCUCCUUCCGGCCGACUCCGGCCCGGAGGGCUUGGCGGAGCUGGCGCGGCUGUACGCCCCGCUCUACC